AUAUUAACUGGGCACCUUUCCCUAUCUGACAUUUACUGACUCCAGUAUGUUAAAUAUAUAGCCCACUUCUUGCCCCAGAUCAUCCCGAUAGCCAGAAAUGGCAUGAUCAAAAUUGAGCCCACUGCCACAGCCAACCCAAUUUCCGUCUCAGGCAGUGUCUUACUGCAUUUGACAUCCUAUCAAGAGCCCACCAAAGCUGAAGUCACUGCGUCAGGCGAGAAUGUUAUCCGCCUGGAGUAUAACUGGAAGCAGCUUUCCGAGGAUUGGGCCGGUGCUUCUUACUGCGGCGUUGAAGUGGCAUCUACUUAUGAAUGCGAUGUCAAGUUCAUCAACUCUACUAUCACGGUGGUCCAGCAUAUCAAGAUUUACAUGUGGCUGUGCUUCGAUGCUACCUCCGAGGAUUGUAACGUCUAUGACAUGACACGGACUGACACUUACACAACCUCCGUGUCCCAGACAGGCGGCUUACAGAUCGCCUUCAGCGGCACGAGUCUGAGGGAUGAUUCGGAAAACCCCGAUGCGGGUGGCUUUAUCAACUUUUUUACUGGUAUUGAUACCGCAAUUACUAGCAUCAAGGACAAGCUGCAUGAUAUUGAGCUCACCCAGCUAGAUGCCGUCCCGUUCGACCAGUUGCAGGAUUUCAUCUUCCCGGGCUCCAAGGUGUUCACGUACAAGUCUGUCGACUUUUCCAACUACCAGGACCUGGUGUGUGCUAUAACUUAUGUAGACCCCAGCCAGUCGAAACGCAAGCUCCGUGAACUCAGGGCGACCGACGCCUCGGCUGCCGCGGGGGCGUCUCCUGGGUUUACGCUCACUCAUUCUUCCGAGAUGAUGGAGAAUUAUGCCCAGGGUCAAAUUGUAUCGCCAACGGAAAGAUUCGAAGCUCUCCAAGCUUCCAAUGGCCUUGCGCUUCUCUUCUCCAUCGACACUUCGGGAGCCUUGCGCGUCAUCAAGGAGCAGAGUGGUAAAGCGAAGACCGGAUGGGUUCUUAGCGACCUGUCUUCUUCCCUCAUCUCAUCGCAGUUCCCAGGCGCUAGCAAUGUGAGCGUGGAUACCUUCGAUGCCGGACAGAGCGCGCUGGACGGGACUAUCAGUCUCGCUCUAGCCAUACAAGAUGGCACCACAGAUUACCUUUUUAUCUCGCUGGGCAACAGUAGCUCCGAUACAUCGUGGACUUCUAACCCGUCCUGGACGCGCGUCAACUUUGAUGCUGUUGCCGAAAAUCCGUCGGCGAUCUCGAUUGUCAGCGUCAUGUUCACCGAGACCAUGUCCGGCUUCCAGUUUCUUAUAGUGGACAUCGACCGGCUCGGAGGCUCCAGUAAAAACAUUGCUCGAUAUCAUGUUGACCCGGCCAAGUCCACUGGGCGCUAUUGGGUCAAGACGGAUGUGCCGGUUGACAUCGAAGGUGGAAGCUAUCAGAGCUGUGUUGGCCAAGUCAGAAACGGCUACGUCGAUGGCGUCUAUACAUCAGGGCAGACUGCUGGUGAAGCUCAACUGGUCUAUGUACCCAUUCAGAAUGUCUUCGGCGAAGGCCCAGCUUUACCAAGACGCUUAGGCUUGCCUGGAGGGGCACUGCCGUCUUCAAUCGCUACUGCUCGCUAUUCGGAUCCCUCGUCCGAGUUCUACACAUCCACGGACCUCUUCGCUAUUAGUGGUACAACGCUUUAUCGAUUCGCACCAGAUAAACAACAAGAUAGUGCCACGGCACAACCCCUUGUUGUCAGUGAUACGUUAUCUGGUACAGAUCAGCUAUUCGCCAUGACCCAAGGGGGUGUGACAACCCUCUGGGGUACUAAUUCAAGCAACGAGGUGUUCUACAUCUCAUGCCAAACAUCACAACUCUCCCAGCCCGGCUCCUGGAGCGCAGUCGUACCGAUUUUGAAAGGAAUUGAGCACAUAUCGCCAUACACCAACAAGAUCGACGGAGGCAAUACCGUCUUCGCUGCGGGCAAGGGUAAGUUCUGGCGCUUGGCACAAGCAUCUCGCACGAAUGCCAAGGUGUGGCGAUCUCAGGAACUGGCGAUUCCUGCGCCGGCGGAUGUGAAACCAAUAGCGUUUAACUCCUACACUACCACGAUAGUAAUCAACAACGACGAUCAAUUGCCCGUUGCGAAUGCCAAUGUGCAAGUAUCAGCCGAUUCGGCCACUCCGCUGUACAUCAACGGUCUCUACUACGUCGUCGGUCCAACGCCUGUGAAAGUUUCUACGGAUAAGUCUGGCACAUUGACCAUAGUCGAAGCAUCUAACGACCUCAAUGCUGCAAUACUCACAGUUGCGAUUGAGAAUGAUAUUAUCAGUUACAUCAUCGAUCCGAUGAACUAUGCUUUUGACAAGAUUGCUGCCCUCAACUCCGAAGAUGCUCUUCGCAAAGCUUCGUACCCAACAAAGACUACGGCUGGAGGGUAUGUCGGAGAUCCAGGCUAUGCCCCCCUGAUUGACUCUUCAACAAGUCAAGGCGAUCUGCAAGUAGUGGCCUCCAGGAUGGGUAGCCUCAAGGGCGUAUGGGACGGCGUGAAGCCGCCGUCUACCACAAGCGCACGGAGGUUGAAACAGACCCAUCCAGAGGUAGUCCCCGCGACGCAGUUCCUCGCGUCUCCGCGAUACAAGGAUUUUCUAGACGAUAUCGCCAUGGCAGCGGGUGAUCUGUUCCAAUGGCUCAAGUCCGGCGUUGAAGCCUUUAUCGACAUCAUCCAGGACGCGGCGACAAAUGCGUGGCACUUCAUCGCUGAGAUCGCGGGCAAAGUGUACCGCGCUGUACUGGACACGGUGGACGCCAUCGCCGGCGCUCUCGAGUGGAUAUUCAACGUCAUCAAGACGGCCAUCGAGGACUUGAUUGAGUUUGUCAAGUUCCUCUUCGCCUGGGAUGACAUCACGCGGACUAAGGACGUCUUGCACAACGUCUCGCGGCUGUACCUGCAGUACCAGGUCGAUGGACUCGGUGCCGUAAAGACUCUCUUUGACAAUGAGAUCGUCGAGGUUGAGAAGACGCUGAGCCAAUGGGCCGGAUUGGGAGACUGGACGCCCCUAGGCGACGUAGCCUCGAAGCCGCCCGGCGUCAGCGCGACCAGUCCAGCGAAAGACCAGACAGCCUCCUCGAUGUCCUUCGCAAACCACUUCAAGAACAACUUCGGCCAGAUGACGGUCACAGAGACAAGAGCCACAGCUGACAUAGUCCAAGACACCAUUGAUGCCCUGCUCACGGCCGUGUCGAAUGAAGGGGCAGUGCUCAGCGCGGUAUACACCAAGCUGCAAGAGGUAGCCACUAACAUCACCUCGCUAAGUGUCACAGACGCCAUCAAGCAGAUCGCAGCCAUCCUUGGCGAAGGCAUGCUCUCAUCCGCGCGCGUCGUCAUCGACGCGCUGCUAGACGCACUCUCGGCCGUAGCCAACACCGUCCUCGACCUGCUCGACACCAAGAUCUACAUCCCCAUCAUCUCAGAGAUCCUCGAACUCAUUGGUGUGCCCAGCAUCUCUUUCUUCGACCUGUUCGCCUGGAUUGGCGCUGUGAGUUUCACCGUUGUCUACAAGAUCGCCAACGGUGAGGCCCCGUUCCCCGACAAUGACAACGUGAACGCGCUGAAGUCGGCAUCAACCUGGGAGGACCUCGCGGGACUCUUUGGAAAGACCGUCGAUGGCGCAGCUAAGUCCAGCGCCGUGACGCUUCCACACGAGCUCGCGAAGAUUGUGCACAUCGCCGGACAUGCCACUUCUGGCUUUACCACCCUCGUAGGAUGCUUCCUGGUCGGCUUCGAAGCAGAGUCUCCUACCGGCGACAACCCCUUCGCUCUACCAGCUGCGAUCUUGGGUGGCGUAGGCUCAGCAUUGUCCGGAGCAGCUGAGUUCCUCGUGCCCUCGUUGCCCGUGGAGAACACGGCCGUAAGCGCCGUAGCGAAGGCCUGCACGGCAGCGGGCCUCGUGUCCACCAUUAUCUUCAGCGGUCCGGUACAGGGCAAGCUGGCCGUCGCGGGUAGUGGCUUCUCGGCGCUCGCCGUCAACGACGGGCGCGCCACGAGCGCCAUUGUUGACUCGAUCCUCGUCAUCCCGGAGCUAUUUGUCACGGGCUGGCACCUCUAUGAGCUGAGCCAGAAGCCCGCCAGCACAGAGCAGGCUGCGGCCAUCGUGGGCGAGGUGGCGAACCUGACAUCCGAUGGGGCGAGGAUCUCAUAUGCUAUUGCAGUCAAUAUCAAAGAACCCCUCAUGAAGCAGAGGGCCAUUAUCGCCAUGCUAGCUUGUAGGGUGGUUACCGGUGGGUUGCAAACUGCGGAAGCCUUUUUGGUAGAGUAAGUAUGAGCGGAAUGCGUCUUGAUUGAUCGAUCGGUAAAAGCGUAUAGUGAGUAGGUUCGCAGAUGGGUCACGAUGGCUCCGCAUGCAACGCUAAAUUGUAGUGAUUGAACACUAACUAUGACUUUCAUUUCCUUCAUUCGAUAUAUCUCUGCACCUAUGAUAAUCCGUGCAGUGCAGAGGAUGCGGAACAGACAAACCGGUUGAGGCCAUAAUAGGUAUUGAGGACUAAUCACAUGUAAGUUGGGGGAUCCUGAAGAAUGGAAAUUUAAUGAUUCAGCCAAGAACAUGGGUAUUCUGCAGGACCGUCCAAAUCUCAUAUCUUAUAACGCUUAACUAUUCUCCUCGCGCAGAUCCUCGCCUACAUCUAGCAGAGUGACUUAACAGUGGAUGGAGUGCCUAGCAGUGGUUUCGAUUUUCGUGUAGGGCUAUCAAACCGCAGCUUUUGCGCCACGUCAUCUAGCAUCUCGUCGUCAUGCUGACACUAUAGAGCUUGACCUGGGCGCAGAAGAAACGCAGUAGAAACUCUUGAGGUUGGUCAAUUGUCGUUUCAUUGUUACCCUACCG